UCAAAAAAACUUCAUUUUCUAAUUAGUGUUUAAGAGUUUUAGUUGACAUUUAUUUAUUAAAUUAAUUAAACAAAACAAAAAAAACAAUAUAACAAUAAGUUUUUAAAAAAAUAUUAAGUAAUAUGAAAAUAAUUAUUGCUAUUGUGUUUUUGAUUGUUAAUUUUACUACAAUAAUUGUAGUCAACGGUGUACAACAUAAUGAUUUAAUUUCUAACCCACGCCUACACCCACAACCACAACUACAAUUACAACAACAACCACAACAACCACAACAACCACAACAACCACAACAACCACAACAACCACAACAACCACAACAACCACAACAACCACAACAACCACAACAACCACAACAACCACAACCACAACCAAACCCAAACCUAAACCUAAACCCACACCCACUACCCAAUAGCGUGGAUACAGAUUUGUUAAACAACUUAAAUACAGACUUAAUCUGUUCGCCAAACAAAUUAAAUACCAAAUUAAUCAAUGAUUUUAUUAAUUGUCGAUCAGAAAUACCGGAACAACAACAGUCACCUAAUAUUAAACAAUAUAAUUCAAAAAUAUUAGACAUUAAGGCUGAAUGUUUAGUAGGCAGAGAUGAUAUACUAAGAAAUUAUACUAAUGUUAACCUAAAUGAUAGACCAAUUGUUAUUAAAUCAAAAAUAUUGGAAUUAUGUUCGGAAUCAUACAAUAAAUGUUUAAAACAGAAAAUCGUUGAAUACGAAGAAACAAACAAACAAUUUAUCGAUGAUUUGGGCAAUGAAUUGGUUUCCGAUAAAUACGUGUUCACCAAAACAAUUGAUGAAAUUAAUUCAUGUCGUAGAGCAGUGGUAUUAGGCAUACAAUGAUUUAAACUCAAAAAGUUUAAUUUUAAAACUAAUUAUUAGUAUUGAUAUAAUAUAACUUUUCUAUAUUAAAAAAAACCUUUUCAAAUAAUAUU